UCAUGGACCGUCAGCCUAACACAGCAAUGCGUGGUCGUCUGCGUGCUCUCGAUCAUGAAGAUAUCGAUUGCCUGCUUCGCCUUGUAAGGCAGAAUCCUGACUAUUUUUUGGAUGAGCUCAUGCACCUCCUCGCGACAAACCAAUUCAUAUCUGUCCAUUUCACGACAAUCUUCCGCGAGCUCGAACGUGCUGAUGUGAGCUACAAGAAACUCAAGCGCAUUGCCGAGGAAUGCAACGAGACUCUCUGCGCUGCGUUCAUUGCACGCAUGGCUCAGUAUGAUCCAUCAGAGUUGGGAUUUAUUGACGAGACGUCAAAAGAUGAGCGGACACCUGGUAGACGCUAUGGACGAUCAAGGACAGGCGGUUCUGGAGAUCAUCACUGCAGAUGAUGCACAUGGGUAUUUUAUUCAUGCAGGGUACUUCUAGCGAG